AAAACCACAGAAAUAGUCAUGGUUGGGCUAGACGAUGCAGGGAGGACGAGCAUCCUAAAUCGCCUCCAUCGCCGUGACCUGCCGAAAAAUGCGCUGCUGCAGACGCUGCCCACCAUCGGCUGCACGCGCGAAACUGUCCAACACCGUGGAAACGAGAUAACCAUAUGGGAGUUUGGCGGGCAGGAGAAGAUUCGGCCGAUGUGGCGCAGCUAUUUAUGGCAAGGACACGCGUUUGCCUUCGUCCUCGAUGCAAGUGCAACGGACAGGGUCAAGGAGGCGAAGGAAGAGCUGGUAAUACUUCUGAAGGAGCGCGAAUACACAUCGUUCCCGUUUCUGGUCAUUGCAAACAAGGUGGACAAAGAAGGGGCGCUUGGGGUAGACGAGAUCGCAGAAGCGUUGGAUUUGAAGACGGUGUUUGAAAAGCAUACAGAGUGGCCGUGGACAAUCAUGGUAUGCGGAUCAAAGCUUUUCGGGCUCAAGGCACUGAUUUUCGGAGGGCGUUUCUGCGCUCAGUGGCAAGGGGAUGGACGAGAUGAUGGACUGGCUUCCAAGUCUUCCGAAGCUCAGACUACCAAUCCCACAGAGAUAGUCAUGCUUAGUUUGGACGACUCGGGUGCAACAAGCAUCCUCAACCGCCUCCAUCGACCCAAUUUACCCAAGGGUAUCCUGCCCAAGACGAUACCAACCAUCGGAAUGAACGUCGAAACGAUAACGCACGGCCGGAGCAAAAUAACGAUAUGGGAAAUGGGCGGAAACAAGAAGAUUCGUCCGCUGUGGAGAAGAUAUUUGUGGAACGGACACGCAUUCGCUUUUGUUGUUGACGCGAGUGCACCAGAGCGCUUUGCCGAAGCGAGACAAGAGCUGAAUUGGGCGCUCAAGUCGCGGGAAUAUACGGCCUUCCCGUUUCUCGUAGUGGUAAAUAAAAUGGACAAGGAGGGAGCAGUGGAAAUGUGGCAGGUUGAAGAGGCACUGGAUUUGAAGACGUUGUUCGCGGAACACACAGAGUGGCCAUGGGGAAUUAUGGGCGUUUCCGCAAUGACAGGCCAAGGGUUAGACCAGAUGCUCGAAUGGUUCACGACGAAUGUCUCGUACGCGCAUAUAGCGAGGCAUGACGCGGCCAAAAAGAACGUAGCACAGGCCUGGUGA